UGAUGCAGCGAUGAACACGGGACAGCAGACAACGAGGCGGUUAGCCGCCGGAGCAGGUCGAUCCGUCUGCAGGUCCUGUAAAGACACCCUUUCCCGCAAGUACGCCUCUGCAGCUGCCGCCGCUGUGCAAACCGAUGAUAGCUCGCAACACAUUCCUCCCGUUUCCCAGACACAGGACUCCUUUCGCAUCAACACGGGCGUAGUUCUUUCUCGCCCUCCUCAGAUCACGCGCGAUCUCCACCCCCUCGAAUCAGCCUUUUUCCUCUAUCAACGUCGUCUCAACGAACGAACGGCUCUACCUUUUACGCGUUACUUUUACUACAAAAAAAGGACGACAGCGGAUCUUGAGUGGAAACGCAAGAUAAAAGAACGGCUGACCCCUGCCAGGGACAUUGGAAGGUACAAGGGAUAUGGUGAUGAGGCAUGGAACGACGAACUUCUCGUUGGAGCCAAGGAAAGCGACAUCCAUCAUCAGGUUGAAAAGUUGAUUGAGGAUGCCGAAGACACCGGCUCACCAGAUGGGGAUGUGGCGCCCGCCUCGAACGCAUCAGGCACGAAGAAGGAAGCUGACAAGAUCGAGAGGCCAAUGCCUCGAAUCACGGAAGCAGACCUCAAGAACGAUGUCAAGAGUCUCAGCAGACAGCUGCAAAGGACAUUGUAUCUAUUGGUGAAGGACAAGGAGGGUCGAUGGAUCUUCCCUCAAGACACCUUUGGCAAGGAGACCUUACACAACGCGGCUGGUCGCAUCCUGGUUGACUCUUGCGGUGUGAACAUGAACACCUGGGUUGUUGGAAACGCCCCCAUCGGUCACUAUCAACGUGACUACCUUGACGCUCUGAAGACUGCUUCCGGUUUCAAUGAGGUGGGCGCGAAGACCUUCUUCAUGAAGGCACGCAUCAUGGCCGGUCAAGCCAACCUGAAGGACAACAAACUGGGUCUAACGGACUUCAAAUGGCUCGUGAAAGAUGAGAUCAAGAAUGAGGUGGACAGGCACUACUGGCAUUCAGUCAAGAACAUGCUUGCGGAACGGUAGCUGAAGUUGUGCUGUGGAGAUUAUGCUGUAUCAUACUGCUAGCGUAGCGGUCUUGUAAGAAACCAACUGUAUAGUAAAUAGCAUUCUUGUUUAGAUCAAAUCUCAUUGUUGCAUCAGUAAAGUUGAAGUGCUGUCCUAACUGUGGGUCGUGUGCCUUGAAAUGCCCGAGCACCAAUCAUCCACCCGCUAAACCUAAUGCAGUCACCGCACGGCUCCCGAAAGUAUUUAUUUUUCUCUGCAGCUGUCAACGCCCUGCUUCCUUCUACCAUCUCCCUCCUCCAAGCAGCCUGCAACGACAUCUUUGUCCAGUCCAACCCGACUGUUCUCUGCAGGCUUGCAGCAGCCAUCAGGUUUUGCUGUUUGGUUGGAAGAGGGCGCUUCUGCUGCUUGAUCUUUGUUACGCCUGAAGUGGAUGUUCUACAGCUGUGACAGAAAUACAGUAGAAGGGGAAUAUGUGUUGCUAGUAGGCUGUGUAGUUCAUUGAUUUUGAGUUGGAGUGUAGGAACACCUGUGUGAUUUAUUCUUUCCUGUUCGUAUC